UUCCUCGCCGGUGCGAGCACAAAGCAGCUGACCGAGCAGAGAAGAAGAAGAAGAGAGGUGACAGCUCUCACAAGCUGCAGUGUGAGUAAUUCUCCUGGAAGACUACAAGACAACAUUGAUGAUGGCAAGAACACAACUACAACACAAAGACCAGAUACCACCACAUAAAAGCUCGGACCGUACUCGACCACCAAAAUAUGUAAUGGACUGAUCGAGGAGCUUUUAUUCUGCGAGAACUGGUUUGCAUCAAGCGUGGUUUUGCCUGUGGGCUAUCCUUGCCAUGCCACUCUUCAGCUGGCCGAAAUGGAUCCAUGACACAUCCGCGCAGGCUAAAAACUCAUCUCUGAGAUGCCCUAGGGACCGACCACAGCACGAGUUGAUCCGAGAGCUUCUAUGGCAUGUGCAGGAGCGCGAGUGCACAGCCAGGGUCCUGGACCUGGAGCACAGGCUUGUCCACAGCACCGUGGAUCACCCAUGUUUUCAGAGCUACCCAAGAUGGAGGACCCUCAUCCCCACAACAGAGCUAGACCAACUGGAACUACUGUGCGCUGGCAUCCCGCCUGUCCACUCUGCAGCAGUGCUCUCCAGGUUUCGUGAGGUGCUUGCAGCCAGCAAAGUGAUGCCAUGGGAGCUAGUCUCUGUCUUCAAGUUGGUCCUGAGAGACGUCGACCAAAGGUGUGGUGAAGAGCACAGCCCCUCAGGGAAGGUGAAGGAGUUCCCAAAAAUGGGGUUUUGGACAAGCCGCAAUAAAUUGGAGCAUAACAUUGUCAAAGCAAGCAGUAGUGAUGAAAGGCUCAGGGAGGAGAUCCCAACUGUUUCUGGAUAUGUGGACAGAGUCGUGCGGUACACCAACUGCCUCACGGCAAAAAGGGAGUGGGAACUUCCAUAUUACUGUCCAGUUCCCAUGAGGUCAACGGAGGCAUGUAACACACCGAGAGGACGCUGUUGUCAAUGAAUCCACCAUUAAUUUGUAAUUUAUAUCUUCAAAGUACAAAAUACAAACUGCACUUCAUUUCAAAUAUAUGCACGUUGAUUCAAGUUGGUUGUAUAUAUUUAUACUAAAUAAACAGAAAAAUAAUCAUGGCAAAAAAAAAAUGACCACCA